CGGCUGCUUUUUAAAUCAUUGCGUAACAUUUGUCUGUCAGAAUUUGCCGGAAACCAUCUUUUCAAGUUUUUCUUGCACGUGAAAAACGAAUAACUUCGAUUAAAGUUUCCAAAAGUAGUAAAUCCAAAUUAAUUAAAAAUGCUCUCGGCCGCUCGUGCGUUUAAUAAAGCCGCUUCACAGUGCUCAAAAUUAACAAACGGUCUUACUCCCACGCCGAAAUUGAGUAGUUUGUUGAAUUCUAAUUUGAUCCCAAGUGUUUCCCUUCAUCCUAAAUAUGACCAGUUACGAUUUAAAUCUGAUGCGAUUAGGGGUGCAGUUAUUGGAAUUGACUUGGGUACAACCAAUUCAUGUGUCGCUGUCAUGGAGGGUAAACAAGCUAAAGUAAUAGAAAAUUCCGAAGGUUCUAGAACAACACCUUCAGUUGUUGCAUUCACUAAAGAUGGAGAAAGGCUUGUCGGUAUGCCAGCUAAAAGACAAGCAGUUACAAACUCUGCCAAUACUUUUUAUGCGACAAAGAGAUUGAUUGGAAGGCGAUUUGAUGACCCAGAAGUAACAAAGGAUAUGAAUAAUGUAUCCUACAAAAUUGUUAAGGCUAGCAAUGGAGAUGCUUGGGUUCAAGGUACCGAUGGCAAGAUGUAUUCACCCAGUCAGAUUGGAGCUUUUGUAUUGAUCAAAAUGAAGGAAACUGCAGAAGCUUACUUGAAUACUAAAGUCAAAAAUGCUGUAAUUACUGUGCCUGCCUAUUUUAACGACUCUCAGAGACAAGCUACUAAGGAUGCCGGACAAAUUUCUGGCUUAAAUGUUUUGAGAGUAAUCAAUGAACCGACUGCUGCCGCUUUAGCUUAUGGAAUGGACAAAACUGAAGACAAAAUUAUUGCUGUUUAUGACUUGGGUGGUGGUACUUUCGAUAUAUCGAUUUUGGAAAUCCAAAAGGGUGUCUUCGAAGUCAAGUCAACUAACGGCGACACAUUCCUAGGAGGUGAAGAUUUCGAUAAUGUUCUAGUUAACUUUUUGGCUUCGGAAUUUAAAAAGGAACAAGGCGUCGAUGUGGCCAAAGACCCAAUGGCGAUGCAGCGUUUGAAAGAAGCCGCGGAAAAAGCCAAAAUUGAACUGUCAUCUGGAUUGCAAACCGACAUCAACUUACCUUAUCUGACUGUCAACGAAUCCGGCCCUAAACAUAUGAAUCUCAAAUUAACUAGAUCAAAGUUUGAAAGUUUGGUGGGUGAUCUGAUCAAAAGAACUGUUUCUCCAUGCCAAAAGGCUCUGAAGGAUGCUGAAGUGUCAAAGGCCGAGGUUGGAGAAGUUUUAUUGGUAGGAGGUAUGACUAGGAUGCCAAAAGUACAGUCAACUGUACAAGACAUUUUUGGAAAACAGCCUAGCAGAGCAGUCAAUCCUGACGAAGCUGUAGCGGUCGGUGCAGCUGUUCAAGGUGGUGUCCUUGCUGGUGAUGUUACAGAUGUAUUAUUGUUAGAUGUUACGCCACUGUCUUUGGGUAUUGAGACCCUUGGAGGUGUAUUCACAAGGCUUAUUAACCGAAACACAACCAUUCCUACAAAGAAAUCUCAAGUUUUCUCAACUGCUGCCGAUGGACAAACCCAAGUCGAGAUUAAAGUAUUCCAAGGAGAACGUGAAAUGGCAGCAAAUAACAAAAUUUUAGGACAGUUUUCUUUGAUUGGUAUUCCACCUGCACCCAGAGGUGUGCCACAGAUUGAAGUUACUUUCGACAUUGAUGCCAAUGGUAUUGUGCAUGUAUCCGCCAGAGACAAAGGCACUGGAAAAGAACAACAAAUUGUCAUCCAAUCUUCUGGUGGUCUUAGCAAAGACGAAAUCGAAAAUAUGGUCAAAAACGCUGAACAGUACGCUCAACAGGAUAAGGUUAAGAAGGACAGAGUGGAAGCAAUCAACCAGGCUGAAGGAAUCUUGCACGACACAGAAACUAAGAUGGAAGAAUAUAAAGCACAAUUACCACAAGAGGAAUGCGACAAACUACGAGUAGAAAUUGAGAAAGUUAAGGAAUUGCUUGCAAAGAAAGACGAUGCCGACCCUGAAGAAAUCCGUAAAUCCACAACAGCCCUGCAACAAAGUUCUUUAAAACUCUUCGAAAUGGCGUACAAAAAGAUGGCAGCUGAAAGGGAAGGAAGCAGCAGUCAAAGUCAAGAACAACAGUCAUCAGAAGAACCAAAAGAAAAGAAGGAAGAAAAGAAUUAAAUUAUCUCAGUAUAAUAAAGGGACAAUUUUUUUUUUCAAUUAGUUGCUAUCGCGCAACUGAGCCUUAUGUAUAGCGUUUUUAGGUUCAGUUGUUAGGUUUUCCAAUUAAUAAAGUGCGAAAAUGUGAUUUCUUGCGCGUAUUAAUUCGAAGGCGACCAAGAUUUUCUCGACUGAACUAGAAAGACAGGGUGUGCUAGUGGAAUAGAGAAUGUGCAGUGUUACUGUUUUUUUUUAUAUAAUAUUAAUUUUGGAGAUGAAAUUUAGUGUACAGGUUAUAUUUUUUGUCACGGAAGAAAUUUGACAGUUGAACUGUCAAUAUGAAUGUUCUCCAAUAAAUUCUGUGUUAUAAAUUGUUAAUUUUUAACAAUUGUAUGUUAAAAUACAUGUUUCUAGAAAAUUA